GGGGGAUGAGGAAGCGGCGGCGACGGCGGCUGGUGUCGCGCAGCGAGUGAGUGUGUGAGCGGGAUCGGAGCACCGAGCAGUGGCCGCGGCAGCAGGAGCAGCCGCCGAGGGCCGGGCCCGCGCCAGCGCCCCCACAGCGCCUCAUCCCGCGGGGGGGGCUUCCUACCGCUCCCCCCUCCCCCCUUGGUCGUCGUCCCUCCCCUCCCCCCACCCCCCCUCAGCCUCCGGGCCCGGCAGCCGCCGCCGCCGCAGCGAGGCCUCGCUCCUCGCCUGAGUCACCGCCGCCGCCAUGGCUGAAAGCGGCGAGAGCAGCGGCCCCUCGGGCCCCGCCGCGGUAGACGGCGCCGCGACCCCCGUCGGUGACCCUAAGAUCAUCAAAGUCACUGUGAAGACCCCGAAGGAGAAGGAGGAGUUUGCGGUGCCCGAGACCAGCUCUGUCCAGCAGUUUAAGGAAAAAAUCUCCAAACGAUUCAAGUCCCAUCCUGAUCAACUUGUGUUAAUAUUUGCUGGAAAAAUUUUAAAAGAUCAAGAUACUCUGAGCCAGCAUGGGAUACAUGAUGGACUUACUGUUCACCUUGUCAUAAAAACACAAAACAGACCUCAGGAUCAUCCAGUUCAGCAAACAAACACCACUGGAAGUAAUUCUACCACAUCAGCAUCUCCCAAUAGUAACUCCACACCAGUUUCUACAAAUAGUAAUCCUUUUGGUUUAGGUGGCCUUGGAGGUCUUGCAGGUCUGAGUAGCUUGGGCUUAAAUACAUCUAACUUCUCUGAACUACAAAGUCAAAUGCAGCGGCAACUCAUGUCCAACCCAGAAAUGAUGGUCCAGAUCAUGGAAAAUCCCUUUGUUCAGAGCAUGCUUUCAAAUCCUGACCUGAUGAGACAGUUAAUUAUGGCCAAUCCUCAAAUGCAACAGUUAAUACAACGAAAUCCGGAGAUUAGUCACAUGAUUAACAAUCCAGAUAUAAUGAGACAAACAUUAGAACUUGCAAGAAACCCAGCAAUGAUGCAGGAAAUGAUGAGAAAUCAAGACAGAGCCUUGAGUAAUCUUGAAAGUAUACCAGGUGGAUACAAUGCUUUGAGGCGUAUGUACACUGAUAUUCAAGAACCAAUGUUGAAUGCAGCACAAGAACAGUUUGGUGGUAACCCAUUUGCAUCAUUGGUGAGCAAUUCGCCCUCUGGCGAAGGAAGUCAGCCAUCUCGUACAGAGAAUAGAGAUCCUUUACCUAACCCUUGGGCUCCACAAUCUGGGACCCAGAGUUCAACGACCAGCAGUAAUACUACCACCAGUGUUGGUGGCACUGGUAGCAAUGUGAGCAGUAGCACUACCAGCUCUACUGGACAAAGUAACACCAUGCCAAAUUUGGGACCUGGAGUGGGAGCUGGUAUGUUCAACACACCUGGAAUGCAGAGCUUAUUGCAACAGAUAACUGAAAAUCCACAGCUUAUGCAGAACAUGUUGUCUGCACCCUACAUGAGAAGCAUGAUGCAGUCCCUAAGCCAGAAUCCUGAUCUUGCUGCACAGAUGAUGCUGAAUAAUCCCCUAUUUGCUGGAAAUCCUCAGCUUCAAGAACAAAUGAGACAACAGCUCCCAACUUUCCUCCAACAAAUGCAGAAUCCUGACACACUAUCAGCAAUGUCCAACCCUAGAGCGAUGCAGGCCUUGUUACAGAUUCAACAGGGCCUACAGACAUUAGCAACAGAAGCACCGGGGCUCAUACCGGGAUUUACGCCUGGCCUGGGGGGAUUGGGAAACACUGGAAGUUCUACAGGAACUAAUGUGUCUAGUUCAGCACCUAGCGAAAAUACAAGUCCAUCAUCAGGAACUACAGAACCUGGACACCAACAAUUUAUUCAACAGAUGUUGCAGGCUCUUGCUGGGGCAAACCCUCAGCAGUUACAAAAUCCAGAAGUCAGAUUUCAGCAGCAACUGGAACAGCUCAGCGCGAUGGGUUUCUUGAACCGUGAAGCAAAUUUACAGGCUCUAAUAGCAACAGGAGGAGAUAUCAAUGCAGCCAUCGAAAGGCUACUGGGCUCCCAGCCAUCAUAGCAACAUUUCUGUAUCUUGAAAAAAUGUAAUUUAUUUUUGAUAACGGCUCUUAAAUCUUUAAAAUACCUGCUUUAUUUCAUUUUGACUCUUGGAAUUCUGUCCAGUUAAAAACUAAACCAAUGCAAUGCAUUUUAAGGUGGAGUGCAGUAGGUUUUUUCUUUUUCUUUUUUUUUUUUUCCUUUUGUUUUGUUUUUUGUUUUUUCCAACAGUGGGAAUCAAUGCUUUUUCACUCAAAGGUGUUGCAUGCAUCAAACACUUCUCUUUGUUCUGCAUUUAUUGUGAUUUUUGGAAACAGAUAUCAGCUUUUACAGUUGGGUGAACAGGUUUUGGCCUGCAACUGUCCAAUUUAUUUGCUUUUUAAACAUUAGCCUAUGGUAGUAAUUUAUGUAGAAUAAAACGUAUUGAAAAGAAACAAAUUAUUUGAUGCUAUAAUUUGUGGUACAAUAUUGCGUAUUGUGACUUAGGCAUGUAUUUUUGCUAGCAGAGUGCUGUAAGAUUUAUACCACUUAACUGAACAUUUUUGCUUCAUUUGUAUAAAAUACAGUAUGCACACCUGAAAUUGUGCAUUUUGGAAAAACAUCCAUUGCAAUAGAAUUAAGUGAGCAGGACACUUGUAACCAAAAAAAAAGGAGAAAACAAUUAAAUAUGAAAAACAGAUACUUCCCUAGUUGUGUAGAAUCUUACAGCCACUUUGAUAAACAUCUCUCAGCAAAAGUGCUGUUUAGGCAACUUCAUUUAAAAUAUAGUAAAAAUGCUGAUUCUGAUUAGCUCUUUAAGUAUACAUUUAAUUGUACAGAAAACUCCAUUGUAACAUUGUCUCGACUUUCACAGAUCGACUGUAAAUUACCUUUUAGUCUUGUGCAGACUGAAGAAGCACUAUAUUAUUCCAGAAAGUGCUUUUGCCUAAGGCUUUUCAGCUUUACCAUAGCGAUUCUAACAUGCAUUAUGAUUUGUAAUUAGAAAUGUUACUUUCACUGAAAGUGUCGUGAUAUUUCAAUUACUUUUAACCACCAUGUAAAAAUAAAACUGUUUCUUUUGGGUUUAUCAGCUAUUCCUCUUGUGCACAGGUAAUAAAUGAAUUUAAAAAUGAUUUGUGAGCCACUUGUUUCCGAAGUGUUUUGGUAGUCCUAUAAGAAUAGUUGAACAUUAUGCUUUUCAGAGGCUCAAAAAGGAGACAUUUUGGAGGAAAUCUGCCUCCAAAUUAGACCGGGAUUAUACCGGGUAACCAAGAAUCUAUUUGAAUUGAAAUGGAUAUUGUGUAGUAUAGAAAUAUAAUUUACAGAUGAAAGAUCAAGAGCUGUUCUAACUGUAUAGUAAGAACAUUUGGCUUUUCUUUAUACAGCCUUUCUUCCAGAGAAAUCCUAUUUGCCUAAUUCUCAAACUGUUAGGGUGGUACAUUCCUUUAGGACCAAUUCAAAGAUGACCUAGAAGUUAGUCAUAUAUUUGACUGACUGGUUCAGUAUUCUCUUAGGUCAGGUUUUUUUUUUUUUCCCUUGUGUAUAGUUUUAAAAAACUGAAAUAUGUUCAAGUAACAUGGGUGCAGACCAAUAAAAUCAAGGGAAAUAUUGAAGUUCAAUUCUAUUACUUCUGUAACUGCUUGCUACAAAAAAGGUUGUGGAGGCCAUAUUGCCCCACUAAUCUGUUCGGACACUUUUCCUUGGUGGGAAUAAUGUGCAGUACACAGGCACAAAGAGUAUAAGUUGAGUUACCAAUGAUAUUCACAUGUCUGCUCUUUCUGCCUUGUUUCCUCAGUCUGGUUAAGUACCAACUUCUGUACUGGUGAAUGGUGGUAUUUAGUUGUGGGAAAGUGUCAUAGCCAAUUUGACAAUUUAUUAAUCACAAAAUAACAAUAAAUCUCUAGCUUUUACACUUCA